CACUUUCAGAAAGUUGUCCCACAUCAGUUUGACAGCGGGCCAGAUAAAGUCAUCCAGACUGCAUAUCAAGUCAAAUACAACGCCAAGAAAAUGAAGAAGUUAGAGAAAGAAUACACUACAAUCAAAACAAAAGAGCUGGAAGAGCAGGUGGAAAUAAAGCGGUUGCGGACAGAGAACAGGCUUCUCAAACAGAGGAUAGACACGCUGGAAAAAGAAAGUGCUUCCUUGGCAGAUAGAUUGAUUCAGGGACAAGUGACCCGAGCUCAAGAGGCGGAAGAGAACUACCUGGUCAAGCGGGAACUGGCCACGGUCAAACAGCAGAGCGAGGAGGCCAGUGCUCAGCUGGAGCAGGCCAAGAAAACCAUCAGGCAGCUUCAGCAGCAGCAGCAGCCACAAGCGAAGGGACCCCCUCGGUUUUCUGAGGAGUCCGUCCUACAGCUGGAGCGAGAGCUCGUACAGGCCCGACUGAAGGAGGCAGAGUCCCAGUGUGCGCUCAAGGAAAUGCAAGAUAAGAUCCUUGAUAUGGAGAAGAGGAAUUCAUCACUACCCGAUGACACUAAUGUGGCGCGGUUGCAAGAAGAGCUGAUUGGGGUGAAGCUGAGAGAAGCUGAAGCUCUGACUGGGUUGAAGGAGCUCAGACAGCAGGUCAGAGAUCUGGAGGAGCACUGGCAGCGCCACCUGGCUCGCACUGCUGGUCGCUGGAAGGACACCCCAAAGAAGAACACCUUGGGCGAGCUGCAGGAUGAGCUGAUGAGCGUGAGGCUGCGUGAGGCUGAGGCCCAGGCAGAGCUGAGAGAAACACGGCAGAGGAUGCUGGAGCUGGAGACACAGAAUCAGAUCCACAGUAACCACCUGCGGCGGGCAGAGCAGGAGAGUCGCCGUGUCCAGGAGCGCGUGGACACGCUGACGGUGCAAAACAAAAAUCUGCUUGUGCAGCUGCAGGAGAUCAAGCGGAGGCAAGCUGAGAUUGAAUGCAAGAGUAAAGAAGAGGUGAUGGCAGUGAGGCUGAGGGAAGCUGACAACAUCGCUGCUAUGGCUGAGCUCCAGCAACAGAUCUCAGAGCUGGAGAUUCAGAAAGAAGAAGGGAAGGUCCAGGGCCAGCUGAACCACACAGACUCCAGCCAGUACAUCCGCGACCUCAAAGAUCAGAUCGCAGAGCUGAAACACGAGAUCUGCUGUUUGAAAGGACAGAGGGGCUUGAGCAGCCAGCCCACAUUUGAUGGGAUCCACAUAGUCAAUCACUACAUGGGGGUGGAGUUUUACCAGUCGUCAGACGAGGACGGGGUGAAGGAGCCCUCUGACGUCCAGAAACCCCAGCAGAGGAGCGGCACACGCAUCAAACUGCACCCAAAGCUCAAGGACAAAGACAGUGAGGACGAGGACGAAGACGAGGACGCCCUGCGGCUCUCCGUGCCUCGGAGCGACAGCCACAAGUCCACCUGGUGACCAGCUGAGGCUCGCUCUCGCUGAGGUUCUGGCAGCCGGGAGAGGCCUGGAUCGGAGUUCUGAAUUUCAAAACGCGUCUUCAUUUCAUGUCAUGUGAAUCGUGCUUUUUUGUUGUUGUUGUUUUGGUUUAUAAAACUAAAACAAGAACCGUCUGGAUCAGAGGCCAGAAAGGAGGAGGGAGAGCAGCGUGAGUGAGGGGGAUGGGGGCGGGCUCUAUCUGUCACUCCUAAGCCCCGCCCCCAUAGAUACAACACAGAGAAAGAGACUGUGCAAUAAAACCUUUUAUGCUAUAAUUAUACACUUCAUCCAACGUGUUUUUUAUAUUUUUAAAGGAUUUUAUAAAGUAUCAAAUAUAUUGAUGCCGUUACUACCGUUACUUCUGUGAUGUAGAGGUGUGUGUGUGUGUGUGUGUGUGUGUGUGUGUGUGUGUGUGUGUGUGUGUGUGUGUGUGUGUCGUCAGGAUCAUCCUGGUAUCAAAGCUGCUUCUAUUAGCCAGCGAUGACCUGAUGAUAUUUAGGCCUUAACACGUGCUUCAUGUGUCACGUCUGCAUACAUGUAGAUAUUUAAAUGUUUUUUUUUUCUUUUUGUUCCUUUUGAACUUGAAAAUGAAAUGUGUUGUUGCAUAUCUGACGUUUAAAUAUCUUGUAAAGUAAGGGACAUCAGUUAAAGACGGCAGACCUCCUUGCAUCACGAGUUAAAGGGAUAUUUUGUCACUUUAGGGGACAUUCUUAGACAGAACAUCGCCUUUAAAAUAACCAGGUUGUCUCUUUAAGGGUCUUAUUUUCCUGAGAGUCGUUUUAGCCUGAGGUACGUCUGCUGUGGAGUAAAACACGAGUCGUUUGAUUUAAAUCAAGUUUUCUGGAGUCUGCAGAGUGUUUUCAGAGCCGGCUCUUCUCCAUGAGACGGGCUCGGCUGUGUAAAAACUGAUUUGGGUGCCCACUAUGAACACAAACCUUUUUUUUUUUUUUUUUAAUGGACACGAAUGUUCAGGAACCAGAUGAGAUUCUGACCUGAAGUCGUCGAUAAAGACUUUGUUCCUUCGAUGGACACGUGGCGUUUAACCGGAGAGGAAGAACUUUGGCACUUUGAGUCUGCAGUGCAGUAAAGACUGAUGAACAACACUAUGGAGCGCAGAGUUGUGUAUGUGUGUGUGUGUUUGUGUGAGAGGAAGAGACAGACGUUAAUAAAAUGUUUGAUACCUUUU